AUGGCACCGAGAUUCGCAGUCAAUCGGCGCUCGGAUACCGUCAAUGGCAGUUGGCGGGCGUUCGCGUCGGAUGAAGAUCUGGUGCUGGAAAGCUGGAGUCAAGGAUGUCUGGUGGGGAGUCUGCUCAUCAUGGGCUGUGUGACGGUCGCGAACAUGAGGAAGGGCGUCCUCCUGCACAAAUUGAUUCUUCUCGAGCAACUUGCGGCGCUGUCUCAUGGAACCUUCUGCUUCUUCACCUUUCCCGGUUACGGCUGGUAUCUGAGCUCGACCGCGGCGCUCCUCUACUGUUCCUGGGUAGUGCAUAACAUUGUGGCAUGGCUGAAGAUUGGCCCGUUAGUCUGCGACUCCAGAUCCAUGUUCAAGCCCCAAAUUGGCAAAUGGAUUCGAAGGAUCUACUUGGGCUCCCUGGUCUGCACGAUCCCCCCGAUCAUACUUCAGAUCUACAACAAUUUCCGCUUCUUCAACAACAUCAAUGACCUCUACGUCACAGUGAGGCCAUACGAACCGUUGAUGCGUGACCCAUGGUGGGUGUUCUCCGUUCUGACCCUGUUCGAGGUCAUUCGAAAGUGUUAUGGAACGGGUGUUUUAGAGUUGAUCAAGCGGUCUCCUCGUUUUGCCAUCCUGCUUUCUGCAAUCACCCUCUCUCUGAUUUUCACUGUGUUGGAUAUCGUUGCAAGCAUUCAUAGCUUUAUUGGAUCUACAGACGGCAUCAACCCUUGGUGGAAACUCUCCCUUAUGUUCAAGUGUUUAACCGACACGAUCAUGCUCGACGACUUCAAGACCGAGCUGAAGCGGUUGGGCAUGAAAAGAAUACGACGAGACGAAAUGCGACGCCAAAGCGUAGCCAUUGCAACGGAUAGUCUUCAAUCCAAAAACGGAGACGGCCACAUGGAGUUUUCCGAUGCCUUGAAUUACAGUCCUACCCAGUCGAGGACGGGCCAGGCUCUCGACGAUGGCCCGACUGGAAGCCAAAUGGGUCGGCUGAGGCAAGACUCGGUGACUGAUACAUCCCACCAUGCAAGAGAUCAAGUGGGGAAAUUGGGCAUGAAGAUCUCCCGCCUUCCUGGUCUCAAGGAUCUUGCUUUGAGGUCUGCGAAAACAAAGGCGGAAGCUAAUUCCCAAGACGAGGAGAGGGCCACCGGUGACGACCGUGAUGGUACAGCUCUGUCCGCGCCUGAACGAUUGUCACAGAUGAGACAGAGCCUGGGGAUCGUCGACUAUCAUCCCAGUUGA